AUGGAUAGCAUGGGGAAAAAUGAUAUAAACGUCGUUCCGGACUCUGGAAUCUCACUCUCUUGGAACAGCGCCGCCGAAGCAGCAUUCGAAAAUUUUAACAUCACGACGGCAAUAGGGAAUAAUUUAGAAUGGCAAGGGACCUAUCUUGGCGAAGGAGCUUUUGGCAAAGUGAUUAAGGUAAAACAUCGAACAGACAAUCACUACUAUGCUGUAAAAUUGAUGUCAUGUAUCCCAGGAAUACGAGAAAAAUACCAAGAACGCGAACUAAAAUUGCUGACUGAACAAGUGUCUUCACCCACGACCAACAUGAAUAUCGUCAAGUAUUAUGACAGUUGGAAAUGCACAGUGACAACAUUACCUUACCUGUGUAUACAAAUGGAACUUUGUGAUAUUAGCCUUGAAACUCUGCUGCAGACGCAAAAAGGGGUCGUUGACGAUUCACUUUUUUAUUGGAAUCUUUUCCCUCAGAUUUUACGUGGUUUAGAAUACCUUCACAAUACGAUUUCUUGGGUGCACAGAGACAUCUAUCCACCAAAUAUUCUGCUGGCAAUUCCAGAACACGUCGACCAACCUAUACAUUUAAGAGUGGUUAAAAUUGCUGAUUUUGGUCUAGCCAGAAAGCUUGGUGAAUCAUCUCUUAUUGUUUCUGAUCCACCAGAGGAAGUACUUUCUGCUGUUGGAAACAAGCUCUACCGAGCACCUGAGAUGAAGCCAAAAAAGAAACCUGAUUCUGACACUGGUACAGAGAAUCCUGAUCCUGAUAACAGUACAAAACUAAUUUAUGAUUUUAAAGUUGAUAUGUAUAGUGCAGGUCUGGUUUUGUAUCGUAUGUGCUGUUACUUUGAAAAUUAUAAAGCUAUCACAAGUGAACUUCAGAGGAUACAGGAUGGUGGAUUUUUCGACAAAGACAAGCUGUCCAAUCAACAUGAUAUUUUGUAUCAAUUGCUGGAUGGCCUUUUGAAGCAAAACCCUGAAGAGCGGCUAAGUGCUUUGCACGCCCUUGCCUGUUUUGAAAUGUCUUCAUCACCUCUAUUGCAAGACACACAACUAUCAGCAUCUUCUAAACGAUUACCUCCAGAUUUUUUCUCUGAAACUGAUGGGCCCAAGACUCCAAAAGUUUUGGCCAGAAAAAGCUCUUCCUCACGUUAUGUUCGUGUUCAUAGCAAUCAUGCAAGUAGCUAUGAUGCAUUGUUAACAUGCUUAAUUGAAGAUCUUGAAAUCAAUGACAUUGAAUGUUUUGAUAUAUUACUUGAGGAAUCUGACUGUCGGCAAAAAAUUAGGAACAGCAGAGAUUGGGAGAUAUUGCUGUCCAGUGCCAACGAAAGAAACUGUGCAGUGAAAUUGGUUGUUGAACCAAAGAGUGAGGAGGAACCUGACUUAUGCUGA